UGUUAUUCACAACACUCAUCUUCUACAAAAACAAGUACGUAUAAAUAUAAUUGCUUAUUGAUCCUUAAAGAGUUGGUUAAUUGCAUAUUAUUAUUAUUAAGAUGAAUCUAGCUGGGAAAUUGGUGGACACACUAACUGGGGGUCUAAAUGGAAAGAAAAUAAAAGGAAGGGUUGUUUUAGCAAAAAAGAAUGUUUUAGAGUUCAAUCCUUUGGCUGCUUCUGUUAAUGCUGGCUCUGCCAUUUUUGAUCGUUUGGGUGAAUUUUUGGGCAAUGGUGUUUCUCUACAACUCGUUAGUGGUCAUGUUGCUGGAAAAGUGGGUAAAGAAACCCAUUUGGAGAACUGGGUUACUUCUCUCCCAACCUUAACACCAGGAGACUCCGUUUUCAAAGUCACUUUCGAUUGGGAUGAAUCCAUUGGAGUCCCUGAAGCUAUCAUCUUCAAGAACAAUCACGUUGAUGAGUUCUUCCUCAAGACCAUUACUCUUGAUGAUGUUCCUGGUCAAGGUGUUGUUCGUUUCAUCUGCAAUUCUUGGGUUUACUCCGCUAGGAAAUACAACUACGAUCGUGUUUUCUUCAGAAACAAGUCAUAUCUUCCAAGUGCAACACCAGCACCCUUGCUUAAGUACAGAAGGGAAGAGCUUCAGAACUUGAGAGGAGAUGGAAAAGGAGAGCGAAAAGAGUGGGACAGAGUCUAUGAUUACGAUGUGUACAAUGAUUUGGGCGAACCAGACAAAGGUUCAAACUUUGUUCGUAAAAUCUUGGGAGGGAAUAGUGAAUUCCCUUACCCUCGUAGAGGAAGAACUGGCAGAGCAUCCACCAAAACAGAUUCUACAAGUGAGAGUAGGCUGAAACAAGUGAAUAUUAUGAAACCAUUGGAUCCUAUUGAAUCUUUAGACAUUUAUGUUCCAAGAGAUGAACGAUUUGGUCACUUGAAGAUGUCAGAUUUUCUUGCUUAUGCAAUUAAGUCAUUGUCUCAAGCCAUUGUACCUGCACUGAAACAUUUCUUUGAUGAGACUCGAAAUGAGUUUGAUAGCUUCAAGGAAAUAGAAGACUUGUAUGAAGGAGGACUGAAGCUACCAACAUCAGUUCUUAGCACUAUCAGGAACAAUGUUCCUGUCGAUCUGUUCAGGGAAUUACUCCGAACUGAUGGUGAACAAUUCCUUAAGUUCCCUAUGCCUGCGGUUAUUAAGGAGAGUAAAUCUGCAUGGAGGACUGAUGAAGAAUUUGGAAGAGAAAUGGUUGCUGGAGUUCACCCUAUCCUCAUCCGUCGUCUCAAUGAAUUCCCACCUGCCAGCAAGCUUGACCCAGAAUUGUAUGGCGAUCAAACUAGCACAAUUACUGAAGAACACAUUCAGAAUUACUUGGAUGGACUCGAUGUUUCGACGGCACUCAGUCAAAAUAGGUUAUAUAUAUUGGAUCACCAUGAUUCAUUUAUUCCCUAUCUGAGGAGGAUAAACACAACACCUACAAAGGCUUAUGCAACUCGAACUCUCCUAUUUUUGGCUAACGACGGAACAUUGAGGCCUAUUGCCAUCGAAUUAAGCUUGCCACAUCCAGAUGGUGAUGAAUUUGGUGUAGUUAGUAAAGUAUAUACCCCAUCUGAAGAUGGUGUUGAUGGCACCAUUUGGCAAUUGGCUAAAGCUUAUGCAGCUGUAAAUGAUUCUGGCUACCAUCAGCUCAAUAGUCAUUGGUUGAAUACUCAUGCUGUGAUUGAGCCCUUUGUGAUAGCAACAAACAGACAACUAAGUGCCCUCCAUCCAAUCUACAAACUAUUACACCCUCAUUACCGUGAUACCAUGAACAUAAAUGCACUUGCUAGACAGAGUCUCGUUAGUGCUGACGGCAUUAUAGAGUCCACAUUUUUCCAGGGAAAAUUUGCGUUGGAAUCGUCAGCAAUAAUUUACAAGGAUUGGAAACUUACUGAGCAAGCACUCCCAGCAGAUCUCCUUAAAAGAGGAGUAGCAGUUAAAGAUCAAAAUUCCCCACAUGGCGUUCGCUUACUAAUAGAGGACUAUCCUUACGCUGUUGAUGGGCUAGAGAUUUGGUCUGCCAUUAAAACAUGGGUGAAAGAAUACUGUUCUUUCUACUACAAGACUGAUGCAACUGUCCAGAAGGACACAGAGCUUCAAGCAUGGUGGAAGGAAGUUAGGGAAGUUGGUCAUGGCGAUAAGAAACAUGAAGCUUGGUGGCCAAAAAUGCAAACACGCGAGGAACUAGUUGAGUCAUGCACCACACUCAUAUGGAUUUCUUCUGCUCUUCAUGCUGCUGUCAACUUUGGACAAUACUCUUUCACAGGGUACCUUCCAAACCGCCCCACAUUAAGCCGACGUUUCAUGCCUGAAGAGGGUACUCCAGAAUACGAGCAACUUAAAUCUGACCCAGAGAAAGGUUUCUUGUUGACAAUUACUCCAGAGUUUCAGAGCCUUAUUGGGAUUUCCCUUGUUGAGAUUUUGUCAAGGCAUGCUUCAGAUGAGCUCUAUCUUGGUCAGAGAGAAAAUCCUGACUGGACUGCAGAAGCUGAACCUUUAAAUGCUUUUGAAAGAUUUGGAACAAAACUUGCUCAAAUUGAAGACAGAAUUGCGAGCAGAAAUAAGGAUACAAACAUGAAGAACCGAGCUGGGCCAGUCAAUUUCGAGUAUGGUUUGCUCAUGCCUUCGAGUGAACAAGGUCUCACUGCCAGGGGAAUCCCCAACAGCAUCUCAAUCUAAGACUUGUCUCAUUGCAUUAUUGGUGUUGUUUUUGUUGUCAUUUUAUCUUUUCAUUUCCUUCCUUUCCUGUAAUUGUGUGACAAAGUGUCUUGAAUUUGUGUUGUAGUAUUGUAUUUAUUCUUAUCUUUUCUUGGAUAGAGUAAGUAAUUGUUGGUAUCAACAAUAAUAAGGCUUGUGCUAUUGCAGCACUAAAUUCCUUGCAUCAUAUAUGGUGCUUAUUUGUACGAACAAUAUUACUACAAUACUGAUUAAUAAAGUUUAUUUUUUACACUAUA